UCUAAGAUAACAGGUGUAGUCUAUCUGUAACGAUGUUGAUAAAUUUUACACAAUUGGACGUGGAAAAUCUACUUAGGUGAAACCAACGCGCCUUGUGUCUCCUAGUAUCGAAACGAUGGCCGAGUUCAGCGAAAUCGUCAGUCAGACGAAGGUAAGAGACUUGAUAUUCGCUUUCGAAAGGCAGAGCAGUUCUUUGGCAUCGUCCGACGAAGGGUUUGCUCGUCCCAGAGCGAAAUCCACGGGAAACGCCCUGACGUACAAGAUUUUCCGCCAGCCGAAGCUGGAAAUUCACGAUAUAUCCGAUAUCGAAACUGAAUUGGUGAAAACGGAGACCCAUCUGAAUUACUACGAAAUAUACGAUAAGGAAACUCACAUCGCGUUCCAAGAGCAACUUUUCGAUAUAAUCACCGGUAUAGUGAAGAUUGAUGGUCGCGGGGAUGAGCGGAUAGCCGAAAAGAAAAAGCAGUUCAUCGAGCAAGCUCAGAAGUUAGCCAAAGUGCUAAACGGCAAGUUACCCUUUGAUAAUCAGAGGAAAGGGACGAAAAAAGUCUACGCUGCAGUUGUUAGGAAACAGGAUCAAUAUGUGGCGAAAACCCAAGAGUAUCCAUCUGAAGUUAACAGUUCAAGAUCGGCAGAAGGCACCCAAAGUCCAGUUCCAUCGUCCGUCUAUGUCAGCUCUGAAUUGGAAAAUUCAAAUGAGACCGUUACUCAAAGUGAUGGUGUUUCUCAGAAUUCUGUAGUUUCUCCAAAAAGCGGAGCUGGAGAGGUCGAUUCCAGUUUUCUGCCGUCCGUGAAGAAACUCAAAGCGUUCUUCAGUUUCCGACGACAACCAGAGGAUAAACCCAAGGUUUCCACAACCGUCACCCGUUCGCGAUCCAUGCUUUGGAAAACCAAGUACAGAGAAGAAAGACAUAGUUCAGCCACGUCCCAUUCAGAAGCAUCUAACGACCUACCGGAGGAGAUAGACGAAACGGAAGAGGACACUGAUUCCCUAACGUAUAAUGAACCUUCGAAGGAAACCCAAGACUUUAGAGUUGAUGUUGAGGAAGUGAAACACAACGUGUCAGUUUUGAAGCUUAAAAAUUUAUUUGAAGGCAAAUCUCAAGAUACUUCGCAAGGUCUCGAGAUAUUUGCAAAGAAACAAACUGAUGCGAUCGCCAUACCUUAUACGGAGAUGAACUUGGGAGCUUUUAGAUUGAAGAGGAGUCUAUCAGGAAGCUACAUGAACUAUGUUGGACUACUAAACAAAGUCGACCUUAGUAAGAGCGUAUCUGAUUUGAGUAGUCGGAAAGAAGACGAGCUUGACGACGAAGAAUCGAAACCUAGCGGAGUGCACGAAACGCCAGGUCCAGGAACUAUUUCGGAUUCGGUCAACGGGGUGGUGUCCAUCGGAACCGAUAUUGGUCAAACUACGACGGAUGAUAAACAGGUCACAAAGAUUGAACCAGAAAAUAUAUCUGAGGAAUUAAAUUCACCCUUGAUAUCUGCCAAAGAAACAUCAAACCUACUUGUAGAAGAUCAUUCUAAGCUCACCGCUUCUGCCUCAGCAACUACUAGCAAAAAGGUUCAAUUGCUAGUCUCAUCAAUAGAGAGUAGAAGUCAGGACAGCGUGGCCCAAACUCCGCAACCAAAAGAACCGUCUAUUUCGGCGCCUACUAAUUUGACGGUUCAUAAACUCGUAUCUUCAAUCGAAAAGCAACACACCACUCAAGUUGUUGAACAACCAAGCGAAUACUCACUGUAUUGGGAUAAUACGCAAACAGUUAACAACGUACGGGAUUUAUUUUUAGAGAGCCAAAACACAAAUGAAAUGUCUUCAACCGUCGAACACAUAUCUGAAACAUCAAAUGGUAUUCCAGGAAGUGUUCAAGUGAUCGAAGAACCAAGAGAAUAUUCAUUGCUAUCUGAAAGCGUAGAAACUAACAGUGUAGCUAACGCGACAUCGUCAAUUGAGACUUCUCAUCCUGAUAGUACGACCAAAGAAACCGACGCGUCCUUAAUCGAGUCCAGUAACCAAGAGUUGCGACAAAGUUUAUCUUCCAGCAAUCAUAAUGUCGAAGAUAAAGUUGCUAUCAUUGAAGAUUGUGAAACUCAGAAGCCGCCUGUUGUAGAACCAAGCCUUGAAAGUCCUCCCCACUCACAGGAUGAAGUCGUAAAUCUUGUACAGGAAAUUGUAUCAUCAAUUGAGAGCCAAUCAAUUGGCGCGCAAGUGGAACAUUCCGUUCAUUCUCAGGUGUCCAUUAGCCACAACGUAGAACAUAUCGUUAGGUUAAUAGAGAGGCGCGUGAGUGAAAACGAAGGAGUUUUGCAUACUAUAGAGAGAUCUGAGGAUGGUUAUUUAGCAAGUCGGGGUCUUUUAGACGAUUCUGCUAGCGGAAUUCAAGAGGCCGGAAGGUCUCGUGUAAAUAGCGCUGGCCAAAGUGAAGGAGCGACUUCCGAAAGUAAUGAUAUAGAAUCUAAGAAGGAUUCAGUUUCUGAGAAGGUGGAAAAUGGUGGUGAUUUCAUAGAUACCAAUGGUAAUUUAAGUGUUGCUCAGGUUACCACACACUCUACGGAACUAAAGUCUCAAACGACUACAUCUACGCAGCACUUCCAUACAAGUUCCCAUAGUGUAGUGGGAGCAGCAGUGGUAAAGAACGAUCACGCAGAACGACCAGAGCAUAUUGAAUCGUCGAGAACCAAAGAAAACGAAGAUGAUGUCAAUGCGAACGAAAGACGCAAAAUUGAAUAUGCCGCUAGUAACGAUAACAUCGUGAUUCAAGGCAGUUACAUUGAAAAUUUUAAAGACCUCGAGGAAGAGAUCUUUAAGGAGGCCGAUACACUGGAAAAUGUCGAUGAAGAGUUUGAAAAAUUGUUGCGUGAAAACAACGAAUGAAAAAAAAAAAAAACUAGAGCGUUUUAAUUAUUUUUAGUGAUUGUUAAUUUAGACGUAGGUCCUUUCGUUAUGUUCUUUUGUUAUAUUUUAUAGUCAGUAUUGCAUCGUUUUUGUAUAUUAUU